AUGGAGCGUGAGCAGCUAAAGCCUGCCAAGCGUGAAGGGUGCAGCCCUGGGUCCGGCGCUGUUCUCGGAUCCAGGAGCUCUGGAAAUGCCUUGUGGGUGCAGCUGGGACAAGCGGAUAUAAAAUGCCCAAUCACAGAGUGCAGCGAACACCUGGAUGAAACAACUGUCCUCUAUAACCUGCCCCACGACGACAUCAUCAAGUAUAAAUAUUUCCUGGAACUCAGCCGCAUUGACUCCAGCACCAAGCCAUGCCCUCAGUGCAAGCACUUUACAACCUUCCGGAGGAGAGGCCACAUUCCUACCCCUGCCAAAUUGGAGAACAAAUACAAAAUCCAGUGUCCAUCUUGCCAAUUUGUCUGGUGUUUCAAGUGCCACUCUCCCUGGCAUGAAGGCGUUAACUGCAAAGAAUACAAGAAGGGAGACAAGCUGUUGCGUCACUGGGCCAACGAAAUCGAACACGGGCAGAGGAAUGCCCAGAAGUGUCCAAAAUGCAAG